GCUGUGAAGUUGGCGGAUCGGCAUUGUAAACGUAAAUCCUGUCUUUCUCUUUAAUAAUAUUGCUUAAAAUUAUUAUUGGUGUCGCAAUUAUAAUACCGUGUACUAUGCCAAAUAUUUUUUGACUUUGCAUUAUUAUGUUGCAAGGGUUAAUAAUUGAUCAGAACUUGUGAAUGACGUAGACAAAAACCAUGAGUUAUCAGGACGAGGGUAAUUGCUACGUAGACUCUUUUCCGAAGAAUUUUAGUUACGGACCUUUUGAACAAAAUGGGGAUGGAGAUAAUACACCAUUACAAGAAAAUCACAAACCCCGGAUCCUACUUAUGGGUCUCAGAAGAUCUGGGAAAUCAUCUAUCCAAAAAGUAGUGUUUCACAAAAUGUCACCAAAUGAAACAUUAUUUUUAGAGUCAACAAACAAGAUUGUAAAAGAUGAUAUCAACAACAGCAGCUUUGUUCAGUUUCAAAUAUGGGAUUUUCCAGGGCAAAUAGACUUCUUUGAUACUAAUUUUGAUUCGGACACAAUAUUUGGUGGAUGUGGUGCUCUUGUCUUUGUUAUUGAUGCUCAGGAUGAUUAUCAAGAUGCAUUGGACAAAUUACAGUUGACUGUGACGAAGGCUUACAGAGUUAACAGCAAUAUUAAGUUUGAAGUGUUUAUUCAUAAGGUAGAUGGACUUAAUGAUGAUUACAAAAUGGAAUCUCAAAGAGACAUACACCAUAGAGCUACAGAAGAUUUAGCAGAAGCCGGCUUGGAACAUGUCCAUUUGUCAUUCCACCUCACCUCUAUCUAUGAUCAUUCAAUAUUUGAAGCCUUUAGUAAAGUUGUGCAAAAACUUAUACCUCAGCUACCAACUCUUGAAAAUCUCUUGAAUAUACUCAUAUCUAACUCCGGCAUCGAGAAGGCAUUCUUAUUUGAUGUAGUAUCUAAAAUAUAUAUAGCAACAGAUAGCUCUCCAGUGGACAUGCAGAGUUAUGAACUAUGCUGUGAUAUGAUUGACGUAGUAAUUGAUAUCUCUUGUAUUUAUGGAAUGGUUGAUGAGAAUGAGGUAAACACCUUUAACAACCAAAGUUCGAGUCUGAUAAAACUAAACAAUGGCACAGUGCUGUACCUGAGAGAAGUGAAUAAAUUCUUGGCUCUAGUCUGCAUCUUACGAGAAGAGAAUUUCCAGAAACAAGGUGUGAUAGACUAUAAUUUCCUGUGCUUCCGAGAUGCCAUAACACAAGUAUUUGAACUUCGCAACAAGUGUCAAAACGCUGCCGUUUCCACACUGGCGAGAUCCGGCACGCCCGAAGGCUUAGCUAACGGUGCCGCUGACUCAACCGAAACCACAUCAGACCCGCAGCUCCCAUAGCACAACACCUUUUAUCACUUUAUGUUAUCUAUCCAAACAUAAGAUGUAUAAUCCAUACAACAUUUGUUCAUGUAA